AUGACACGGAAUGUCCGCUCAGAGUCCCUCUACGAAACUUACACAUUGGUCAAUCUUGAUGGCAAACGUACAAACUUCAAUUCGAGCGAGUCAACAACGCCCUUCAUGCCCAACGUCCUGAAAGUGUUCCUGGAAAAUGGCCAAACUAAGUCAUUCAAAUACGACUCCAGCACGACGGUGGGCGACGUGCUGGACUCCCUCCACCAAAAGCUGGGCAUUAAGUGCCCCGAACACUUCUCGCUGGUGGUAGAACAUGUCAAGAGCCUCAGAAGGAAUAAACUUACCAUCUUAGACCCAAAGGAGACACUCUCCAGGAUUGCAGCACGUCCAGGCGCUCAGCAUCUGAGAUGCCUGUACCGUGUGACCUUCGUCCCCCGAGAUGCCUACGAUUUGCUGAGAAAGGACUCGAUGGCCUUCGAGUAUCUUUACCUCCAGUGCUGUAAUGACGUGAUCCAAGAGAGAUUUGCGCCUGAGCUCCAGUUCGACGUGGCACUACGGUUGGCCGCCCUGCACAUCCAGCAACACGCCCUCACCAACAACAUGGCUGCCAAGGUCUCGGUCAAGACCAUCGAAAAAGACUGUGGAUUAGAGCGUUUCGUGCCCUCGUCGUACGUAGACUCUAUGAAGCGAAAAGAGCUCCGGAAAAUCCUCUCCCACUUCUUAAAACUGAACUCAAACUUAACGGCGCCGGGACAGAAGCAGCUGACGGCGCUCCAGGCGAAGCUGCACUACCUCAAGAUCAUUUCGGAGCUGCCGUCGUACGGAGCCAAAUGCUUCUCCACCAACAUGAAGGAUACCAACAUGGAGACUGUCAUAUUGAUCAGUCCAAGAUUUGGCAUCAGUCAGAUAACUGGAAUUAGGAACAGCAUGCCAGCGUUGCCCCUGGCCAAAUAUAGCAGCGACUUGGCGGAAGAGAUUAUCUUUGAUCCCGCCGGAGUUAAGGUCCAUCACAAGCGCUGA